AUGGGCGGUGGCAACGUUAUCGAAAUCACCUCCGCCGCGGAGUGGCAGGAGAAGAUCGAGAACUCCAAGGACCUCAUCCUUGUUGACUUCUUCGCUGAUUGGUGUGGUCCUUGCAAGGCCAUCGCCCCCGUUAUCGAGAAGCUGAGCCUCCAACACGAAAACAUCAAGUUCUACCAGGUCGACGUUGACAAGCUCAACGAUGUUGCCGCUGACAACGGCAUCUCUGCUAUGCCUACCUUCCUUUUCUUCAAGGACGGUAAGAAGCUCGAGGAUAAGUCUGUCCGUGGUGCCAACGGCGCUGCUAUCAUGACUGGUGUCCAGGCUCUGCUGGAGUAA